AUGGAGGCAUUCACUUUUGCGCUCUCCACACAGGUGGAUUUGCCAGUAUGCGUCAAAAUUGGCUCACUAGAAGGCAAACAAAAGCAGAUACCGUUCUCCCGUCUGCUUCAGAAUCCCGAAUUGCGAUACCUUGGUUCAGCCCAGAACCCUUGCUCUGAUCUUUUUGUGACCUCACAAUUAUGGUCAGACUCAAAACCACUCGGUGUUCCCCUACAGACCUCAUACAAGGCUUUCAAAACCACUCGAUCGUGGAACGAAUGGCUCCAAAUGCCCAUGUCCAUCAAGGAUGCCCCGCUCAAUUCCCAAUUGGCAAUCACGGUCUGGGAUUUGUCCCCGCUGGCGGGUGAUGGGUCACAAGGCCAUGACGUUCCAUUUGGCGGAACGACAAUAUCAUUAUUCGACCACGAGGGCAAGCUGAAGAUGGGCCGGCAGAAGUGCAAGCUUUAUCGUCACAAAGCUGCUGAUGGUUUCUCGUCAACGACCACUCCAUCUGCCCCUCCUCCGAAGCGACGAAAGACCAGCGCUCGUGAUGCGCUGGCCCCAUCUCUGGAAGAGAUAGAAUUGGAGCGAAUCGAGGUUCUGAUUAAAAAGCAUGAAAUGGGCGAGAUAACUCGGAUCGACUGGAUGGAUCAGAUGGUCUUCCGUCAAUUGGAAAAGCUCAAGCUUCAGGCAGAGGAGGCUGCACGCAAACGAGCUAUUCAUCUCAAGAAUACAAAACUCAAGAGCAAAAAUGCUGAAGAUGACAGCUCCGACGAGGAAGAAUUAGACGACGAAAACUUUGUCAUCUAUGUGGAUUUCCCUCGUUUUGAUCAUACCAUCGUUUGGGCCGAUCACCAAUACCCUUCAGCGCCGAUAUCUUCAUACCCUCAAACUGUGCCUGCCAAUCCGAACUCCACCCUAAAGCCUGUUCCGGAAGUCCGACUCGGUCCGGGGAUCGAGGGCGGGGAUGGCGCGGGGGUGGUACGAAUCUAUGACCCAGAAGUUGGACAGACCGGAAACCCAUGUGAAGACAAGCACCGGCGCCUGAUCCGUAGCCAUCGGACUGGUUUCAUGGACCGUGAACUAAAGCCCAAUCCCAAGAACCGGGAUGAACUGAAUGUUAUUCUGUCAUACGAACCAACCCAGGAUCUGACUGCCGAGGAGAAAGAUCUUGUUUGGAAAUUCAGGUAUUAUCUGACCCGGGAGAAGAUAGCUUUGACCAAAUUUGUCAAAUCCGUCAACUGGCGUGAUGACGGCGAAGCUCGGCAAGCGGUAGAGAUCCUUCCCAAGUGGACUGAGAUCGAUGUCGAUGAUGCUUUGGAACUUCUUGGUCCUACAUUCGAUAAUCCAGCAGUGCGCUCGUAUGCUGUUGCGAGGUUACGCAAAGCAGACGACGAGGAGCUUCUUCUCUACCUUCUACAAUUGGUACAAGCUUUGAAAUAUGAGGAACACUCAGAAAACGACGCGGAUGAAGCGGCUCAUGAUUCUUCACUCGCCAACUUCCUGAUUACGCGUGCCGCAAAUAACUUCAAGCUCGGUAACUACUUGCAUUGGUACCUGAUGGUUGAGUGUGAUGACGCAGGCCCGGGCACGCUUUCUAACCAGCGCCGCCUUUUUGCCCGAGUUGAAUAUUACUUCAUGAGUGAGCUCGAGAAGAUCAAUGCAGAGCAUCGGAAAAUUCUCCUACGACAAGGCGAACUCGUUGCUGUGCUCUCAAAGAUUGCCAAAGAUAUCCGCUUUUCUCGGGAAACACGACCUGCAAAAAUUGAGCAUCUGAAAAAGCUGCUUCGAGAUCCUAAAAAUGAUAUUAUCAAUAUCGACCCUCCGUUGCCGCUUCCCCUAGACCCAGAUGUCUUGGUGGUUGGCUGUUACCCCGAUGAAUCCAAUGUCUUCAAAUCAACUCUAUCCCCACUACAUAUCACGUUCAAGACCGCCGAUGGUCGCCGAUACCCUCUCCUGUUCAAGGUGGGUGACGAUCUUCGUCAAGAUCAACUGGUCAUCCAAAUCAUCAUUUUGAUGGAUCGGUUACUCCAAAAGGAAAACCUGGACUUGAAGCUCACACCAUACCGGAUCCUGGCAACGAGCUCCACAGCAGGUGCUGUUCAGUUUAUACCAUCAACCUCUCUUUCUGCCGCCUCGGCCAAAUACAAAUCCAUUCUUGCCUAUUUGAAGGAGCACAAUCCUGAUGACAACGAACCUCUCGGGGUUCGCAAGGAGACCAUGGAUACAUACAUCAAGUCCUGUGCCGGCUACUGUGUGAUCACUUACCUUCUUGGCGUGGGUGACCGACACUUGGAGAACUUGCUCCUGGCCCCAGACGGCCACUUUUUCCACGCUGACUUUGGAUUUAUCCUCGGCCGAGAUCCCAAGCCUUUUGCACCUAUGAUGAAAUUGUGUAAGGAAAUGGUUGAGGGUAUGGGUGGUACCACCUCGCCACAUUAUCUACAGUUCAAGCAGUACUGCUUUACUGCGUACACAACCCUGCGCAAAUCAGCAAACCUUAUUCUUAACCUGUUUAGCCUAAUGGUUGAUGCCAAUAUCCCAGACAUCCGUGUGGAACCAGACAAGGCUGUAUUCAAGGUCAAAGAGCGCUUCCAUUUGGAGAUGUCUGAAGAGGAGGCUAUCCGCCACUUUGAACAGUUGAUAGGGGAUAGCGUAAACGCUAUCUUUGGCGUCGUGAUCGAUCGUCUGCAUGAAUUUGUGCAAGGCUGGCGGGCAUGA